AAAAAAAAAAAAAAAAAAAUCCAACAUCUUUUUUCUUUGGAAGAUGGGUUUCAAACAUAUCUCUCUUUUCCUUCUUCUUUCGCUUCUCAUACUCACAAUCUUGUCCGGAGCUGGCCAAGCCUUGGCUUCUGGCAAGAAACAGCAUGUAAGCCAACGUAACAAAACGGCGUUGGCCGCCGCCGGAGGAGGAGGAAAAGAGAUGUUGAAAGGGAGGAAGCAGACGAGUGGUUGUAACCUGUUCCAAGGGAGAUGGGUUUUCGAUGCUUCUUACCCUUUCUACGAUUCAUCCACGUGCCCUUUCAUCGACGGUGAGUUCGACUGUCUCAAAUUCGGUCGACCAGACAAACAGUUCCUCAAGUACUCUUGGCUGCCUGAUUCAUGCACCGUCCCAAGGUUUGAUGGGGAAGCGUUUCUGAAGAAAUGGAGAGGGAAACGAGUGAUGUUCGUGGGUGACUCACUGAGUCUAAACAUGUGGGAAUCGUUGGGAUGUAUGAUACAUUCGUCGGUUCCAAACACUAAGACCACUUUUCUCAAGCGUACCCCACUCUCGUCUCUCACUUUCCAGGAAUAUGACGUCACACUAUUCCUAUACCGAACACCAUACCUAGUGGACAUCUCCAAAGAAAGUGUAGGGCGUGUGCUUAAUCUUGGAGCCAUCGAAGAUGGUGCUGAUGCUUGGAAAAACAUGGACCUCCUCGUCUUUAAUUCUUGGCACUGGUGGACUCACACAGGAGUACAGUCCCAAGGAUGGGAUUUUAUUAGAGAUGGGUCUUCAUUAACAAGAGACAUGGACCGUCUUGAUGCUUUCAACAAAGGACUCACCACUUGGGGUCAAUGGAUUGAUCAAAAUGUUAAUGUUUCGCAAACCCGAGUUUUCUUCCAAGGCAUUUCUCCCACUCACUACAUGGGAAGGGAAUGGAACGAGCCGAGGAAAACUUGCAACGGGCAGAUGCAACCGUUGACCGGAUCAACAUACCCAGGUGGUUCACUUCCUGCAGCAAGCAUUGUGUCUCGAGUAUUGAGCUCGAUGAGAACCCCCGUUUAUUUACUCGACAUCACAACUCUAUCUCAACUAAGAAAAGAUGCUCAUCCAUCUACAUAUGGAGGCGAUGGAGGAACAGAUUGCAGUCAUUGGUGCCUUCCUGGCUUGCCGGAUACUUGGAACCAGCUUCUCUAUGCAGCUCUUUCGAUCUGAAGAACUUGACUCGAUCGAUACACACUUGCAUGUAUAUUACAUUCUUGGAAGUCGAGAGGAAAAAAAAAAAGAAACGACUGACAGUUUGCUUGGAGAUAUAUAUGUGAAGAUUACAAGCAGAAUAUGACGAUAAAGUUGUAAAGUGUUU